GAGGCCUAGGGCAGACAUUUCCCUCCCAAAAUCGGAAAAGAAGAUAAGAUUUUACACGCUCUACAUUAUCCCCAAGCCGCCGGGAAACCAUCCGCCGGCCGGCCGGCCGCCGCCGGAACGCCAUGAUCCAUCUCCGAGCGCGCAUCAUCUCUUUCCUCCUACACUCCCCGUCCCGUCACCCCGCCUCCCGCUUCUCUCCCAUCUUCGCCCUUCACCGCAACCUCUCCGCCGCCACCACAUCCACUGCAGCAACCCCUUUCGCCGCCGAGGACUACCUCGUCGCCACCUGCGGCGUCACCCGCGCCCAGGCCCUCAAGGCGUCGAAGAAGAUCUCCCACCUCAAAUCCUCCUCCAAGCCCGACGCCGUCCUCGCCUUCCUCUCCGACCUCGGGGUCCCCCGCUCCGACAUCACCACCCUCGUCGCCGUCGACCCGCGCUUCCUCUGCGCCAGCGUGGAGAGGACUCUGGCGCCCCGCGUCACAGAGCUCAGCGAGCUCGGCCUCUCGCGCUCCCAGAUCGCGCGCCUCGUCCCGCUCGCCCUCUGCUCCUUCCGCAGCAGCUCCCUCAGCCGCAACCUCGACUUCUGGCUCUCCGUCUUCGGCUCCUACGACAAGCUCCUCAAGGCCCUCCGGAUGAACUCCGGCCUCCUCGCCGCCGACCUCGACAAGGUGGCCAAGCCAAAUCUGGCCCUCCUCCAGCAGUGCGGGCUAAACCCCUCUCUCUUCUCCGAGCCCUUCAUUUCCCGGGUGCUCGUCAGGACCCCGCAGCAGGUCCAGGACGCUCUGGCGCACAUUGACAAGUUCGGCGUGUCGCAGAAUUCGCGGAUGUUCCUCUACGCGCUCGUGGCCUUCACCGUGCAGAGUCCCGAGAAGCUCACCGACAAGAUCCAGGUCCUCGAGACGCUUGGCUGGUCGCAUGACGAUGUGCUUCUGGCUGUGAAGAAGAUGCCGGGUAUCCUGACCGUGUCCGAGGAGAGGCUGCAGAGGAACAUGCAUUUCCUGACAAAGGUUGCUGGACUGGAGAUAUCCUACAUCGCUCAAAGGCCGGUGCUGCUCAAGUACAGCCUCGAGCGCCGUCUGUUCCCUCGGUACCGCUUGCUUAAGUUACUCAACGAGAAGGGGCUGCUGGAUCUCCGAAAAUACCCAUGGAAUUGCUACCAAAGAAGGAGAACUAGACAAUGUGCCAUGGCUGUCAUGGGUGUAUUGCUGUGUUGGGCGGGAGAGUUUAAGGUUUGUCAUCUCCCCUUGAUUCACUGUUCUAAAUUUUGGAGUACAAUUUUUCUCUAGAUGAUCCUCUCUAGUGUUAUUAUGUGAUGAAAAAGCAGCUACCGACUAUGAUUAUCAUCUUGCCAGAAAUGGACCGUGUAAUGAAAAUUCUGGGAAAUGUGACUUGACAUCUGUAUAUCUGAUUGUAAAUGGUUGGAGUAUUUAAAUUUUGGCUUCCUCGAAAACAUACAUUUGAAUGUUUAAAAUUUUAUAGAGGGUUUGCCACUUCAGCUAUUUGAAGAUUUUUUUCUUUGGAAGUGGCAAAACUGAAAAUUCUGUGCUUUGUGCAAACCAAG